CCAAACAGCCCCCACCCUAAAAACCCUAAAGUCUCUAAACCCUUCUCCGUAUGAAAUUGCUUUUUGUCAGUUUUGAUCUCUCUGUCUCUCUCUCUUUCUUUCUUUCUCUCUCUCAUUUACAGUCUCACCCAAGUUGAACCAACCCGCAUUGUUCCGCUUCUCCGCUUAUUAACUCCCUGAUGGAUUUAAGAGAAUCACCGGCAAACGCCCCACCGCAAUCCCACCUACAACCACCGCCACCUCCGCCGGGCAUGACGUUGGGGCAGCCCCACUCGUACGCCCCCAACACCAACAACGCCCAGACCAACGCAUCUCCGUCCAUGAUCAACCCCAAUUCCACCGCCUCCAUGAUGCAAAACUCUCAGUUCGCCUUCAAUUCCAUGGUCUCGCCGUCUUCGAAGCCGAUGGAGGACUCUUUGAACUCGCAGUACGGCGACGGAUCGCAGACCUCCGGCCUUAGGCCUUACGGAUUCGGCACUGAUACGGCGAAGAAGAAGAGAGGGCGUCCGAGAAAGUACUCUCCCGACGGUAACAUUGCCCUCGGUCUGACCCCUAAUCCUGCACAAAAUCAAACCCCAAACCCUGUUACCCCAAAUUCCUCUUCGGCGCCGGGUCCUGGGGAUUUUGGCGCCAUCACUCCGGCUUCUGACCCUUCGGCUAAGCGGCGCGGGAGGCCGCCUGGGUCUGGGAAGAAACAGUUGGAUGCUUUAGGAUCUUUCGGUGUUGGUUUUACACCACAUGUGAUACUGGUCAAAGCGGGAGAGGACAUAGCGUCAAAGAUAAUGGCCUUUUCACAGGAAGGACCACGAACUAUUUGUAUUCUCUCUGCAAAUGGUGCUGUUUGCAAUGUCACCCUUCGCCAGACAUCUAUGUCUGGGGGCAUUGUGACAUACGAGGGUCGCUUUGAAAUAAUCUCUUUAUCAGGUUCCUUCUUCAUGUCUGAAAGUGGUGGUAGCCGCAAUAGAACAGGUAGUCUGAGUGUGUCCUUGGCAGGUCCAGAUGGACGAGUUUUAGGUGGUGGUGUUGCGGGGAUGUUAGUGGCAGCAACACCAGUACAGGUUAUUGUGGGUAGCUUCAUUGCGGACAAGAAAAAGCCAAAAUCCCUGUCUUCUUCUGCACCUCCACACAACAUGUUGAACUUUAAUGCACCAGCUGCAGCUGCAAGUCCUUCGAGCGAAUCAUCUGAGGAGAAUGGCAGCAGUUCUUUUAACAGGGAUCCAGUACCUUACAACAACGCUAGCCAACCUCUUCAUAAUAUGCCCAUGUACUCAAACAUGGGCUGGGGAAACUCCACCGUGAAGAUGCUUUGAGGAUACAUUUGUUCUAAUUGUCAACAUGGUUGGGAAGUUAGAGGUUGAUUUACAAUGGACUAGCCCAGCAACUUGUAGGUCUUUCUUCUAGAAUGUAACUUGUCUAAAUUUGGUAUCUUUAUUAUGUAUGGUACCCAUUUUCUUUUUCCUUUAUUUACCCUGGGUCUGUGACAAUGGCCGAUUAAUUGAAAGUGGAGCUAUAUGAUUUAUUUUA